AAGAACUGCGGACAACCUUAUUGGAUUAAUAUUGGUACAGACCAACACUCAAGGCUCCAAUAUCGGUAUUGUAUCAGUACAAAUCCAGCCCUCUUACGGCCGCCUGGAACGCCUGAAACAUGGCCCACGUCCAGAGGGUGCAGAAGAAGACAAGCUCUGUGUCUUUGACCAUCGCCUCCUCUUCCUCUGCAUCGUCCACCCGGGAGCUGUCCUCGUCUUCAUCAUCCACCAUCCUCACUCAGGGACACUGCGACCUGGUGCAGUCGCCAUGUGUCAGCCCUCAGACGACUGAGAGUCCGGUCUACAAUCAACAUUCUGGAAGUGGAGUGCCAGUCACUUUUGUAAAGUGCCUCCAUGACGUGUGUGCACUGAAGGGCCAGUUGGUGGUGUUGGAGUGCAGACUAAGGGGGACUCCUCCCAUGCAGGUCAAGUGGCACAGGGAGGACGAGCAGAUACUGGACUCUGACGAUUUCAGGAUUCUACGUAAAAAGGCCAGUACUGCAUCCGUGCCAGAGGAGCUUUGUACGCUGGUGAUAACUGAAGCCUUUCCAGAAGACUCAGGCAUAUUUAAAUGCACGGCUCAUAACUCCUCAGGCGCCGUCUCUUGCUCCGCCUUGCUGGAAGUUUACAACGACCUGGAGGAGCAGCUUGAGGUGGAGGCCAUUCGCCAGCAGGAAGCAGAGUGUCUCAUGGAGGCAAAGGAAGCAGGAGAGUUUGAGAAAGAGAGUGCACCUCUUCACGCUUGUGACGACUUUCCCACUUUACUGCCCGACUCGAUGAAUCUUCAGCCGCCUGAUCGGCCCAGCAGCUCGUUUGACGACACCUUCACCAGUGCAGCAGGGUUCACAGAUCCCCAGCUCGUCAACCACUCUUCUGAGGAUCACUUAGUCCACAGUCAGGAGGAAGAGUUUGCUCUGAGCUUUGAGGGCAAUCAGUCACCAGGGUUCACCAUUCACACACCCAGCCCUUUGCCUCCAUCUUCUCCACAACCUCCACAAAUCAAAGAAAAAGUCCCAACACCCAAGCUAUUUACUCCAAGCAAGCUCAGCUUCAAUCCCUCCCAACCAGGAGGCAACAGUAUGAACCUGUCAGACCUACCUACCUUCACUCCGAGUACCUUCCCUCCCAGUGCUUUCAACUAUGAGCGGCCAAGACAUUUUAUUCAGUCGCAGUCAGCCUUCCAGGCGCCCAGCUAUGACAGUGUGAUGAGAGAGGCUCAGGAAAACCAGAAUAAUUCCCAGGAGACCCAAAUGAGUUCCAAGCACAGUUCAAAUUUUGCUGAAGUGCAAGGUCUAUCUAGAAUGUCUUCACAAAGCAACUCCGUGUCAAGGUCCUUGUCUCAGCCUCAGUCGCAGUUUCAGUCAAUGAGCCUCGGUCAUAAUCAAACACCAAAUGGGACAAACAAGUCUUCCCCCUCCUCAUCCGGUCUGAGUUCCCCCACUUUGGCUUCCUCUGCCGCUCAUCUCAACUCCUUUGCUGCCUCAUCCUCGUCCCCUAAUUCACGCAGGACCAUGCGCUCUUCCAUAACCCUCACCCCCAGUGUCCCGAGUGCCUGCGGCUUUGGCAGCGCUACCCUACCAGCCAAUCAGGACACCAUGUCAGCUCCCGCUGCUUUUCUCUGCUCCGUUCUGCCCUCCCAAUCCUCACAGUCCUCCUUCUCAACCUACUCUUCCAAACUGUCCCCUAACGCCAACUUUCCCCCUUCUUCCACCUCCCCAUCCAGGUCUCCACUAGCUCCUUCCAGCCCUUGUCUCCCUAUGAAGGCUGCCCCCUCUCCAUCCUCCCUCCCACAACAGCCUUCUCCGUUGUCCCCUUCCUUCCCACACUCCAACCUUUCUCCCACCUCCUCUUCACUCCCACUACCCAACACCUCUGAUAAUCAUAACAGUGUUCCUCCUGCUGUGGUCUCCCUGCCAACCAUCUACAAGGGGACAUCUAACACUCUUCCUAAGCCCAUUCUCAAGAAGACUGUAGCUUCUCGGCCAUCUUCUUCUCGCUCAACAGAUGAAGACAUUCAGGGUUCGAAAGAUGCUCUCAUCCAGGAUCUGGAAAAGAAGCUACGCUCAAAAGAGGCCAGGAGAAGAAACAGCCAAAAACUUUCCUAUGAGGAGCGUAUGGCUCGAAGGCUGCUAGGUCCAGACAACGCAAACUACAUGGUUGACCAAGACAGUCUUUCAGACUCACAACUUGACCAGCCAGAUUCACCAGAAGGAAGACACACUGGGGGUCUAUGGGGGAAGCACCACUCUGGGACGGAUGAGCGGGGCAAUGAGGGAUCAGCUAUCCAGGAAAAAUGCUACGCCCCUCGCUUCAUGCAGCUCCCUCAAGACCUCACUGUGGAGGAGGGACGCUUCUGCAGGAUUGACUUCAAGGUUGGUGGACUCCCAACCCCAGACGUCUGCUGGUACCUGGAUGGUAAAGCCAUCCGUCCAGAUGACUACCAUAAGAUGCUGGUGUGUGAGAAAGGAAUGCAUUCAUUCAUCAUUGAGAUCGUCACAGUGCACCAUGCUGGCGUGUACGAAUGUGUGGCCAGGAACCGUGCUGGAGAAAGCAGAUUCACCUUGAGGCUUGAUGUUAUAGCCCAGGAGGCUCUGCGUCCUCCCACCUUUGUUCAAAAGAUGUCCAACUCCAGAGCUCUUGAGGGCGACACUGUGAGAUUAGAAUGUAAAGUAGAUGCUUCUCCCCCUCCACAACUCUUCUGGAAGAAGGAUACAGACAUGCUGCGCAUUGACCCAAAUAGAAUGAGUCUCUACCAGGAUGGAUCGGGCCGACAGUGCUUGUUGAUAGACCGAGUGACCAAGUCAGAUGCUGGCUGGUACACACUGUCUGCCAUCAAUGAUGCGGGCAUGUCCACAUGCAACGCCAGGCUAGAUAUAAGCUGCCGCGCAAGCACGCCCAUGAAAACCGCCCCCCCUGGCUCCAAGUCGCUGAAGCUGCUGUCGUCCGUGAGCCUGGUGCCCGCCAUGACAGCGGAGCGCCCCGCCCAGCACACUGCGCCGCUGUACGAGAGCGAGGAGCUGUAGAUCUGAACUCGGUUUGGAAGUGUCAGAAGUGGGCCAGACCGGAUCAUGUGACCGCCAAAGCACACAUGCAGUGAUCUACAGUAUCAGCACAUUAUUACUCUUUCUGUUUUUAAUCGCACUCAUGCAUCAUGUCGUCCAUCUGUUGCUGUUGGUCACGUAUGAAUGCAGCUCAUGUUGGCAUCUCCCAGCCCUAUGGGCAUUUGCAUUUAUUAAUAGAUGUUCAGUGGCAGGCAAGCUCACAGCUUACUAAAAAUAUCCAGCUGCAGUCCAGGAAACAUUUCCUCAUCAAUCAGCGUCUUUGUUUGGAUCAGUGGUCGUCAAACUUUGGUACGUGUACGCCAAAGAAUCACUUGAUUAAAUUACAGUGUUUUAUUUUCCUAUAUUCAAACACAGUGUUACUGUUCAAACUGUGUGUAUUGUUACGGUGGCCAAAAAUGUUAAAUUAGCUUGUUAAAUAAAAACCUCUGCCUUGUGUUUUAUGAAUACUUAGGCCUACUACGCUACUGCAUUUGAAUGUUGGUCACUAAGGUGGUACUCGGAGAGCCACUGGUUUGGAUUAAGGAUUAUUCACAAUUCAUCCACAUUUUAGAAUGUUUGAUGGCGGCAUCCGAAAUCUGGAUUGUGAACUUUCUCUCCAGUGGUUCUCAUGCUUUUUUUCUUCUUUUUUUUACCAAGUACCACCUUAGAAAACUCUUGGCUAUCCAAGUACCACUGUAAUGACCAACAUUACAAUACAAUAGGGUAGUAGGCCUAAGUAAUAAUUAAAAACAAGACUAGUUUUAUUCAACUAUAUUUUAUCAUUUGGCCAGUUUGAAGAGUAACUGUAAUUAUUUGGUGUACCGCUAGAUGGAGCCAGCAUACCACUACAGCUUGACGAUUACUGGUCUACUCAAAAAGUAUUGGGAAUGUUGUGUGAAAUUUUAGGGUGAAGUGAAAAUCCGGUCAAUUGGUAAAUGUUUUACUACUUUUUGCACAACUUUUUUUCUAGCAAAAAACUGAAUGCCAAAUUCCCCCAAAAUUUAAGAUUUGAAGGAAUAAUAGAAGUUGUGGUUCAAUUAGAAUUUGUAUUUUCAAUCCGCUUCAUCAUGCUGUUCACAUUUCGACAUGAAACCAAGACCACAUGAAUUGAUGAACAGACAGGGUGUUGACAGGAAAGUGGCCCCUGAGCUUUGAGGGCCAGUGUGAGUCACCAGCAGGUUGCUACAGAGACUGGAAGAGCAUGAAAAUGUAUUGGUUGAUUCAUCAAUCACACUUCCUGUAACUUAUGUUGUUACAUUUCUUGUUAGAGAACAGCAAGUUGUGCGGAAAGUACUGAAAUGGUUACAACUGCAUUCAAAUGAUUUAGGUUUACCUGCAAAGGUUAUUAUGGAUUUUAAGUUCAUACUGAAAUUUCACCCAAGAGGCAGAUAUCUCUAACUUGUUUGGAGGUAGUGUAGGAACUACUGAACUUUACUCCCGCCACCAUUAUUAAUUUGCAGUCACUGGAACUGUAAGUAACUUUUAUUACAUUUUACCUCAAAUGUAAUAGAACAUGAAGGCCCUAACAAUCCUUGCGAAUUGUAUUCAGCAUAAUGUUUGUUUUUAAAGUUCAUUCAUGCCAUGAUAAAGUGUUUUAUGUGAAUAAAUAUAUUUAUUGGAAGUUAGGAGUAUCUGUUGAGGCAUCAAGUUGCCUAUAAUUUAAAAGUGACGAUCAGACCCUGUAAUCCUACAAGUGUUAAAAGCAUCUGGUUUGCUCAGAGUGCCAAAGUAGUUCUAAUAUCAAGUGCAGGUAGAAGUGUGUUUUGUUGUGUAAAUUGUUGGGGAUGAAUGAGGAAUAAAGUAACAACUUGGUU